AUGCAGAUUUUUGUGAAAACCCUGUUAGUCGAACUCUUGGAUACAAUAGAAAAUGUAAAGGCCAAGAUCCAGGACAAAGAAGGAAUUCCUCCUGACCGGCAAAGGCUGAUUUUUGCUGGCAAGCAAUUGGAAGAUGGACGUACCUUGUCUGACUACAACAUUCAAAGGGAGUCCACUCUUCACCUUGUGUUGAGACUUCGUGGUGGUGCUAAGAAAAGGAAGAAGAAGUCUUACACCACUCCCAGGAAAAACAAGCAUAAGAGAAAGACUGUUAAGCUGGCUGUCCUGAAAUACUAUAAGGUGGAUGAGAAUGGCAAAAUCAGUCGCCUUUGUCGGGAGUGCCCUUCAGAUGAAUGUGGUGCUGGAGUUUUUAUGGCCAGCCACUUUGACAGACAUUAUUGUGGCAAAUGUUGUCUGACCUAUUGUUUCAACAAACCAGAAGGCAAAUAAUCGUAUGUUGGUUAAUGAAAG